AUGGCUAUAACUAUGAUCAAAUUUGUUGAAAAACAUUUACUAAACAAUUCAAAAUAUCUUUAUAUUAUGGAUUUAGCUGCUGGAACUGGUUUAGUUUCGAAAUUAUUAAUUGAAUAUUUUAAUAUAUCACCAUUAUCAUUAUAUCUUGUUGAACCAGCUGAAAGA